CACACGUACCACAUGUGCUGCACGCAUUCCAUAUGUCAGAUAGAUGACCAUGCUAAGUGAGGAUCCAUAAAUUGAGGAUUAGAUUGUUAAUUUAAGUAGUUUUAGACAAUCAAUUUGACACGAAAAAUCAUCGACUUUUGUACGAAUAAUCUAUUUUUACCUAAUAAUUGCAAACAUGAAGAAAGUAAUGAAGGAUCUUGCUCCAAUCGCUCUCCCGCAUGGGCCGCCGGUGGAAUGUGCCGAGGAAUACUAUAAAUCGUUGAUGGAAAGCGCCAAUAUGGUGAAAAAAUACCCAGUAUGGGACGUCGCCCGCCCCACGCCCCAAGUCCUGAUGGAGCAGGCACGUCGAGACCUGAUGGAUGCAGACGAGAAACUGGCGCUGAAGCGGGUUGAGGAGCAAAAGAACCGCGUCAUUAUGGACGCGAAGUGGGAGGAGCUGCGUCAGAAAGAGAUGAUGUUAAAGGAGUCGUUUAUUAGCUUCAACAAGUUCAUCAGAGAAAACCAAGAGAAACGCGAACGCGCCGAGCGUAAAAUGGCGGCGGACGCUGAAGUAUUAGAGAGGAAGACCAGGGAGACGGACGCGAUGAGGGAGAGGGUACUGGAGAUGGAGGAAGUCAAGGCUCUAAUGGAGAAACAAGUCAAGGAUUAUACUAUAUACGAGGAUUACCUGAUGGCAGUCGUCCACAGUCACCCGGAGUUUAAGCAACCCCUUGAUGUAUUGAAUCGCUACGAGGCUUUAGCUGCUGCUAAGAGCACGUUGGCUGAGAGACAGGAACGAGACUUGGAGAUGCUGGAGAAUGCUCGCCAGGAGAUCGCGAAUCUCACCGAGGAGAAGAAGCUCUUCAUCAUGGGGCUGAACAACACGCUGGCCAAUUUGAGGUGGCGUUACGACAAAGUCCGAAACCGGGUUAUAAAAUGGGAAUUGGCCUUGAACCGGCUGAAAGAGACUGCUGCGAGGCGCCAUGUGGAACUCUGUCACGUUAAAUCAGCCAUUUGGAGUUUAUACACGAAGAUCUGUAAGCAGAAAGGGCUGACUAUUGAUGUGAAGCCGUCGGACUUCGAACAGCAAUUAGUGGUGAUCAUGAGGGCUUUGUUAGAGCUGAGAAGGAUCUACAGGAUUGCUGCCAAAAGAUCUAAGGAGAAAGACGCGUCAUCCAUGGGUACCCAAUGAGCUGAACAGAAUGCCACAGUAAAUUAUGUGUUCAUUUUAAUAAAUGUUUGAUUUUU